CUAUUCAUGCUACUUUAUAUGAUCCACCAGUUAGUAAAUGCCCACAAGAAGAUUCCCUUCGAAAAUGUCUUGACCAACGUCACAUUAGAGGAAUUAUCAAUUAUCGUGAAAACUUUGUUGGUUAUAAUGAUGACAUUAAUUUUGAAUAUAAUAGGUUAAUUAUUAAUUUUCCAGUAGCAUUUGUUCAUCCUGUAGAUAUAUCAGACAUUCAAAAUACUAUUAAAUGUGCAGCAGAAUUGAAUUAUCCUGUUGUUGCAAGAUCAGGUGGACAUUCUUAUGAAUGCUACAGUCUUGGAGAUAAAGAUUGUUAUUUAGUUAUUGAUCUUGCAAAUUUAAAUAAAAUAACCAUCAAUAUAACCUCACAAACUGUUAUAAUCGAAACAGGAAAUUUAGUAGAAUUAUUACAUUAUAAAUUAAACCAAUAUGCUUUUGCAUUUCCAGCUGGAACUU